AUGUUCGAGACGAUCAAAAGCUUGCUCCAGGAAAACUUGGAAGACAACUUUGAGUGUAUCUGUGCAAAGGGAAAACCAGUGGUCAGCUCGAUUGAGACAUUCAAAAAGAAGCAGGGGAAAGCGAAGGACUUCAAAUUCAACAAAGUUCUUAUUUUGCUUCUUGGGGGCGAGGACAUGGCUGGACAGAAUCUCCAGUGCGCAAAUCAUGUCAUUUUUGUCAAUCCACGCCUGGCCGAAACCCAUGACCAGUGGAAAGAUGAUAUGGAACAAGCUAUCGGUCGUGUCCGUCGUCCAGGACAGACUAAGCAAGUCUACGUGCAUCACUUGAUAGCUGAGGAAACUGCAGAUGUCACCGUCCUCGAGAAGUGGGAAGGCCACGUCGUACGCAGAAGGGACCCCAUCCUCGCGCUAGUGAAGAGGCCAAGCGACGACUGGUUGGGAGAAGAGCGGCGUGUCCGUCAAAGAACCAGCUAA